UAUAAUAAAUUACCGCCAUGUCAGUUUAGGAAAAACUUAGUGUUUGUACUGUAUAAAAGUCGCCCUUAAACGGAGAAAGACAUCCAGGUGGUAUUCACAAAUGAGAUAAAACUAAUAUGAAGCACGCAGAAGAAGAGUGUGUUCAAAAAUUAACGGUGAAAAGACUCUUUCUCACCCGUGGAAAACUGAAAGCAUCAAGUCGCACAUCGGCUUUGAUGUCCGGUUUUGCCAUGGUAGCCAUGGUGGAAAUUCAGUUAGAACCAGGUAUACCAGAAGGACUUUUGAUAGCAUUCAGUGUGAUGACUACCAUUCUGAUCUCAGUUCAUGUCUUUGCACUUAUGAUAUCUGUCUGUAUUUUGCCAAACAUUGAUGGCGUGGCAAAUAUUCACCAACAAGGCACCCAAGUUGUACGUGAUUCUCCUCAUGAAAAACUUCACACUCACAUUGAAAUUGCAUGGAUUUUCUCAACUGGUCUUGGAACACUUCUCUUUUUAGCUGAGAUUGCUAUACUCUGUUGGGUGAAGUUUUACAAUUACAGUAAGCCUGCGGCAGUGGCUGCUUCUGUGGUAUUAGUACCUGUAUGCAUUGUGUUUGUAUGGUUUGCAGUGCACUUUUACCGGUCUCUUGUCCAACACAAGUAUGAAAGAUCAUUUCAGGGAAUUGAAGAACUUCAACAGAUUGCAAACCAACUGCACACAGAUACAGGGACAGCACCAAGCUCACCAGCAGCCAGUCCAUUUCCUAAUCACCGGGUUUGAGAUAGUUUUAUGGCACACACCCAGUGUGUUAUGCUUUUUAUUGCCAUGCUCCUUUUUCUUACUGCACCUCCCAAAAUCUAACUUGCAAUCCUCCCCUUUGCUGCUUCUAUUUUCCUUGUAAAUUGAUAAAAUAAUUUUUAUCCCAACUGAAGAUAAUACCCUCUAGCUCAUAUGUUGUGUUUCCUUGUAACCUUUUUUCUGGAUAAUCUAUUGAAACUGUAAAGGGACAGGACAUGAUAAUCAUUUUUGGAGGGAUAAGUUACAAAUUGGUGUAAAACAAUAGAAACUCCCAGAAGUGAUGAACAUAUUACUUUACCUUAUAAUAUUCACACAU